AUGUUUUCCAGAUCUAUUGCUAGACGUGCUUUUUCCUCUACUGCUGCUAACCCAUACAAAGUUACUGUUAUCGGUGCUGGUGGUGGUAUUGGUCAACCAUUAUCUCUAUUAUUGAAAUUGAAUCACAAAGUUACUGAUUUGAGAUUAUACGAUAUCAAAGGUGCACAUGGUGUUGCUACUGAUUUGAGCCACAUUCCAACCAAUUCUACCGUCAAAGGUUUUGGUCCAGAUCAAGCCGAUGGUUUGAAAAAUGCAUUGACCGGUACUGACGUUAUUUUAAUCCCAGCCGGUGUUCCAAGAAAACCAGGUAUGACCAGAGAUGACUUGUUUUCUAUCAAUGCCGGUAUUGUUCGUGACUUGGCCAAAUCUAUUGCUGAUGCUGCUCCAAAGGCUAAGAUUUGUGUCAUUUCUAACCCAGUGAAUUCUACUGUUCCAAUUGUUGCUGAAGUUUUAAAGGAAAAGGGUGUUUUCGAUCCAAAAAAACUUUUCGGUGUUACCACUCUAGAUACAAUCAGAGCUUCCAGAUUUAUUUCUGAAGUUGCCGGUACUAAUCCAACCCAAGAAAAGGUUCCAGUCGUUGGUGGUCAUUCAGGUAUUACCAUUAUUCCAUUGAUCUCUCAAACUACUCAUAAAUUAUUGCCAAAGGAAAAGAGAGAUGCUUUGAUUCACAGAAUCCAAUUUGGUGGUGACGAAGUCGUUAAAGCUAAGAACGGUGCUGGUUCUGCCACUUUGUCAAUGGCCCAAGCUGGUGCCACUUUUGCCAACUUUGUUUUAUCUGGUUUGGAUGGCGAGAAGGAUGUCAUUUCUCCAAGUUAUGUCUAUUCUCCAUUGUACAAGAGUGAAGGUAUUGACUUUUUCUCUUCUCCAAUUACUUUCGGACCAGAAGGUGCUGCAAAGGUUAACCCAAUUGGUGAAAUUUCUGCUGAAGAAGAAGAAUUAUUGGCCAAGGCUAAGGAAACUUUGAAGAAGAACAUUGAAAAGGGUAUUAACUUUGUCAAACAAUCUAAAUUGUAA